AUGGCGAACGAAGAUGCAGACAGCUGUGCCCAACUCAUGUCAAAGCCCCAGAAACCCAUCCAGCCUUACAUCUGCUCCACUCUGAAUGAUUUCAAAGAAGAGAGAGACUUUUUGGCAAACCGCAUCUUCCCUCGGCUCAAUGAACUCUGCAGCUCGCGGGGCACGUAUUUCAAAGCUGUGGACCUGCGGCGGUCAGCGUUGAGGGGCCACUCGCCCUUGCCCUUCAGCCUGUGUAAACGGCACGUUUCCCUCCACUCCCAACAUCUGAAGCUCUGCCUCGACUAUGUGAACAGCUGCUUUCCCUUUUUCAUCUGUAUGCUGGGUGAGACGUACGGGGACUUUCUCCCCGACUACUUGCCUUUCAUGUUCACCAAAGCCACUGACUUGUCAAGCUUGUCCCGAGUGGAGCAGAAUCUCUACGUCGCUGCAGAAAACGGUUAUCCCUGGGUCCUGGAGAAUCCCAACUGCAGUCUGACAGAGCUGGAGAUCAUCCAAGCAGCAUUUCUGAAUGAGUCUCGAUUUCAGUAUUUCUACUUUAGGACCGGAGCCACGCUGCUGAAGGCUUUGGAUGCAGAGAAGGAGGAGAAGCUGUCCUUAGGUUCUCUGAUGGACAAUGAGGAAAAAUUGAGGAUUGGCAAGCUUAAGGCCAAGAUUAUUAGCAAAGGGCUCCCUGUCAGAUAUUAUAGAGACCUCCAGGAACUGGGUGAACUGGUUUUCAAGGACUGGUCGAUUGUGAUAGAAAAACUGUACCCAGCCACCUGCAUGACUGAAAAUAUAGACUACAAGCACAACUCUGAGCGUUUCUAUCACGAAGAGUUUACUGAGAAGUGCCAGCAAGUGUUUGCGGCUUCCAAGGAGUCACACAGAACGUUUGAAAUCUUGGAGAGAUUUGCCUUAAAGGAAUUGGAAUUUGAUUCUGACAACGCAGCAGCGGGUUCCCGUUCGGACUCUGUCCCUUUAUUUUUCAGACUACACUCUCCCUCAAGCUCCAAGUCUAUUUUGCUCUUAUCUGGAGAACGUGGCUGUGGGAAGUCCACUCUGAUUGCCAACUGGGUGAAUUAUUUCAGAAAGAAAUAUCCCAAUAUCCUGAUGGUCCCUCACUUUGUGGGCAGCACCUGUGAAAGCAGUGACAUCAUGUCUGUGAUACAUUACUUCAUCACCGAGUUACAGGGCAAAAACUAUGGUACUCAGCUUGAAACCGACGUUCUUAACGAAGACUCACAUGUCUUGGUCUUCCCGCUUCUUGUACAAGUGUUCAUUGCUUCCAUCAGUUUAAAGCCGUGUGUACUUGUACUAGAUGGAAUCGAAGAGUUGGUUGGCAUUUAUGGCAUUUCGGGACAGAAGGCAAAAGAUUUCUCCUGGCUGCCACGCUCGCUGUCCCCUCACUGCAGGUUCAUCAUGAGCACUGUCUCCACCAGCCUGUCCCACAAGUCGCUGUGUGCCCGCCCCGACGUGAGGACGGUGGAGCUCAUCAGCACAGAAGACGCAGAAGUGAAAUUAAACAUCCUGAGACACUAUCUCUCCAUUCCCAACAAAGACCCCUUCCAACAGAUCAGACAGACGUUGAGCCAAAGAGCGAACCUCAAUCCUCUAAAACUCACGAUCCUUGCAAAUGAACUGAAAGACUGUAGGAUCUACCGAAAUGAGUUUCAGUGUCUGAAGGAGUACUUGGCGGUGGACUCUGUUCAGGAGCUCUGGGGACUGAUUCUGAAACGCUGGAUUGAAGAUUAUAGCUGGACUUUUAAACAAAAAAAGGCACAUUCAGAUACCAUGACUUCGGGAGGAGGGCUGGAUGGCUGGGUGGCUGACACUCUGUGCUUACUGAGCAUCUCACAUUGUGGGUUGGCCGAGGAUGAGAUACUGCAGCUUUUGGACAAGCUGGGCUACAGGAAUCAUUACAAAGUGACCACGUUGCACUGGGCUGCCUUCCGCAACGCCACCAGACAGUGGGUCCAGGAGAAGCCCAGCGGGCUCCUGUACUUCCGGCACCAGUCUCUACGAAACGCCGUGGAGCACAAGCUUCUUGGUGUAAUUACUCCUGUUCGAGAAAGCAACCCGCGUGCCUUUCAGAAACCAGUGAAUCAUAAGAAAACACAUUUGCACCGAAUUUUGGUCAGAUACUUCCAACGGCAGACGGCUUUCUGGAGAGUGUACCAGGAGCUGCCGUGGCAUAUGAAAAUGAGCGGCUGCUGGGGGGACUUGAGCAACUUUCUCUCAAGUCCUAGUGUCACAGACUUUGUAUCGAAGAUCCAAAGCCCGAGCUUCUGGACCAGGCUGCACCUCCUUCACUACUGGAACGUGUUGGCUGAAGUUGGGUACGAUCCUGCCAGGGCCUACCUGUUCUCCGUGGCCAAGAUUAAAGAAGACAAAUGCUGCAAAAUAAGGAAGAGGUGCACACUCUCAGUGCUGGAAUGUGGGCCUCUGGAGGCCACUGCCACAGACAAGUGCCGACUAAUAUUCUUUAUUGCAAGAUUUUUGAAGCUGAUGGGCAAGACCAAAGAAGCGGAAGAGUUGUUCUUGAGUGUUGAGAGCAUGUUAAUGCAGAGUCAGAGCACCACAGACAUGCUUCUCAAAGUCCAGACCGCCGUGGGGGAGCUCUACCUGGAAAUAGGGAUGACCGAGGAAGGGUUCCAGUAUUUCAACAAAGCAUGGUUGAGGCUGAUGGAAUUUUCGCCCAGCGACCUAAAAGACAACCAGGACUUGGUGAAGCAAAAAGGCAGAGUCCUGAACAACCUGGCGAAGUCGGCGCCCGAGGAGUACCUGAAGGAAAACCGCAUCGUGGAAUGCGCGGCCGACACUUCCUGCCUGCUGGACGGCCACCCCCGCGACCAGGCCACCAUGAAAUACACCGAAGGUGUUCUGAUAUUUGCUGCUGGAAACAGUUCUCUUGCAAAAACAAAACUUCAAGACGGCCUAAAUAUCAGGAGAAGUUUGUUUGGGGAGAAAAACAUGCUAGUUGGAGAAAUUAUGGAAUUUUUAGCAGAUUUACUAUUUUUUCCGCUAAGAAAUAAUGAAAGAUGCCAAAUGAAGAAAGCAAUUGAAUAUUAUAAACGAGUGGUAAAAAUAAAGGAAAAUGCAAUCACUCUGGCCAAUUCUUCGCUGGUCAGGAAGCAGCUGAGCAUCAGCCUAAGCGAUACCUGUUGUAAAUUAGCAGGUCAGUUACUGAUAAGCGACUCUAGUCACCACGUCAUGAUUGAGGCCCUGGGCUAUUUGUACAGAUCACUCGAUUUAAGGGCGACUUCCCUGGGGUCUUCUCAUUCAUCAGUCCAUGGAAUCCUGCAUCUUGUAAGGGAAAUUGAAUGGAUCCGGGGCAGGAGAUUUUGGCCUCAAGGCAUGAGCUGGCAAGCUGCUGAGGGUUCUAGGAACGGCACCUCCUUGUGGAAGCACUUGCUGAGGUUAAACUACCACAGCGCCCAGAGUCCUAAUACAGUGAGUUCUGCGAUGUGCACAAAUGCAGAUAAGCUGCAGAGGGCUAAAAGCACAGAGUUGGCACCUGCUACAAUUUCAGAUAAAUCAAAAAUUGCUUCCAGAAAGAAGAAAAAGGUCUUGAGACCCAUUGUUUCUAUUUCUGCUGAGGAAAAGACCCAAGAGAAGACACAAAAUACUGUUGAAAUACAGAAUGGUCCAGAAAAAGAAGCAUCAGAGAAAAGUAAAGAUUAUUUUUCUAAGAUUUUAUCUAUGGGUACAGAGGAUGAUGUAGUAAAGCUUUCACAGCAAAGGAUUUUGUCAGCUGAUGUGGGGAGUGGAACUGGGCAAGUCACCAACAGGUACCAGCAUCGCCUGCUAUGGCCUCUUAGCACAAACUAUCCUUCUGAACCCAUAACAGAGCUCAUCUCAGAAAAGUGGCUUUUUCACAGGCCAGAUUACCAUUCUGUUCCUCAGAAGUGUUUUUUGCAGAGAUCUCAGUAUUUGUUGAGGACCUCAAAGGAUGCUAGUAAAGAAUUAAAAUGA